CUGCCAAGCGAUCGGUUGGGCUUCAAAGAUACUUCAAACUUCGAGCUAAAGAGAAAACUAGUGCAGCUCAACCAUGGCUCGUCUUCUUAUCACCGCUGUCGCGCUUUGUCUGGCGCUCUUCAGCUGCGGCUCUGUCAACGCCCGUCAAGGAUAUGGACCCGGAGAACAGGAUUGGGGAUUCAUUGAUGUGCGAACGGGUGCCCAUAUGUUCUACUGGCUCUACUACACCACGGCCAAUGUAUCCAACUACACGGAACGUCCCCUGGCCAUUUGGCUGCAAGGCGGACCGGGUGCCUCGUCCACGGGCUAUGGCAACUUCGAGGAGCUGGGACCACUGAAGCUUGACGGCAGCUACCGCGAUUGGAACUGGGCCAAGGACAUGAAUGUGAUGUUCAUAGACAAUCCCGUGGGUAGCGGCUUCAGCUACGUCGACAGCUCAGCGUACUAUACGACGACGAACAAGCAGAUCGCCCUGGAUCUGGUGGAGCUGAUGAAGGGCUUUUAUGAGAAUCAUCCGGAGUUCAAGGCGGUGCCUCUGCACAUCUUCUGCGAGAGCUACGGCGGAAAGAUGGCCCCUGAGUUCGCCCUGGAGUUGUACUAUGCCAUCCAGCGGGGUGAGAUCGAGAGCAACUUGGUGUCGGUCGGAUUAGGUGAUCCGUGGACAUCGCCAAUCGAUUCCGUCCUCUCCUGGGCUCCGUUCCUCCUUCAGCUGGGCAUUGUUGACCAGGAUGGCCAUGACAAGAUCGCGGCUUCUGCCUCAUCGACCAAGAAAUAUGUAGACCGGGAGAUGUGGACCCUGGCCACACUUCAGUGGAGCUCCACGCAGUCGGUGGUGCUUCGUGAGUCGAAGGGCGUCGACUUCUACAAUGUGGAGACACCGACACUUGGCGAUCAGUAUGUUCUAAGGUCGUUGGCUAUGAGUCAAGAGGAGCUCAUGUACCGCACCUUGGUGCACUACGACAUUGACGAGGAUCGGGACAAGCUUCUUCAGGAGUUGAUGCAGGGCCCCGUUACCAAGGCCCUCAACAUCACCACCGGGGUCAAGUGGGGCGCACAGAGCAGCGCAACCUUCUCCGCUCUAAUGGGUGAUUUCAUGAAGCCUGCCGUCCACAUUGUGGGUGAACUGCUGAGCAACACCACCGUCAGGGUGGGUGUGUUCUCCGGCGGCCUGGACCUGAUCUGUGCCACCCCAGGCGCUAUCAACUGGAUUGCCGACAUGGAGUGGACGGACAAGGCGGCCUACCUGGCUGCUCCCCGCGUAGGCAUCACCGUGGACCGUGUCCUCGAGGGCUAUGAGAAGACGGCCGGCAACUUCAGCAUGUUCUGGGUGAACCGGGCCGGACACAUGGUGCCCGCCGAUAACCCGGCUGCCAUGUCCUACGUUUUGCGUAAAUUUACCAACUUUGGUUAGCCAUUUAGUGAGCGUGUGUCAAUAAAAACAACGAUUAUAUCAGA